AUGUCGACGCCGGCAGAGAACACCUGCAAAGCGCUUCCGGAGCGCGUCGGCGGUCAGAUCGCGGCGCUCGCCGCGAACGCGGGAAGAUGGCAUGCCAUGGCGGACGCGGAGCGCGCGGCCGUGGUGCGGGCGUGCCGCGUGCAGCUCGGCACGCUCGACAAUGACUGGGUCGCCGAGAACAUGAGGUGCCUCGGCCUGGAGCCCUCGCAGGCGGAUGCGUACAACAUCCAGAACAUGGACCCAUUUAUUUUCACAUCGGCCAUAGCGGAUCGCCUGGACAAGAUCGCCGAGCGCCUCGAGGGCAAGCUGAAGGUCCCCGAGAGGGACAGGCAGCUGCCCAGGGACGGGCCUUGCAUCUACAAGAUGGGCGCGACGGGCGCAGGGUUCAAGGGUGUGGAGCUCGAGCUGUGGGCCAACCCGGGCGGCGACGACACGGAGCCGAGCACCGCUGACGCUCCGGGCGUGGGCGUCGUGCUGGGUGCGGGGAACCAGAAUUUCCUCACGGUGAACGACGUGCUCGAGCUGGCGUUCAUCCACAAGAAGUGCGUCUUCCUGAAAGAGCAUCCCCUGCGCGACUUCAUGGACGCCCCCUUCAAGCACCUACUGGCCCCCCUCGCAGCGAGCGGCGCCUACGAGCAGUGCCUCGACUCGCAGCUGGCCGGCGCGCACUCGGCGCUCGUGACCCACCCCUCUGUGACGCACGUGCACAUGACCGGCAGCGGCGCGACGCACGACCGGGUCCGUUCCGCCUUGGAGGCAGCAGGUCGUGAGAACCACGUGCUCUUUACUUCGGAGCUCGGCUGCGUGACCCCGUGGAUCGUGUGCCCGGGCACCGAGGAGCAGUGGCAACAGAGCGACAUCGAGAGGCAUGCGGCCAUGCUCACGGGUGCCUUCAAGAGCAACUGCUCCAUGAACUGCAUCUCCCCGAAGGUUUUGGUACUGCCCCCAGAAGCCGUGUGGCCGCAGCGGCCGCAGUUCCUGGCGGCAUUGAAGCAGAGCUUGGCCAGGACGUCCCAGCCGCCGCCCUUCUACCCAGGUGCGCACCAGCGCUAUGCAGCAUUCGAGAAAGAGUACCCGGACGCGGAGAAGAUCGAGGCGCCGCCUUCGCAGACGCCUGGCUGCGGCCUCGAGGCGGCCGAGUACCGAUCCUUGGGCCAGGACAUUACGAUUUUGCCCAGCCUCCUCGUGGAUGUCGGCACCAUCGGUGAGGCAGGGUGCCGCAAGUACGCCCUGCAGACGGAGGCAUUCGCGCCCGUGCUGGCCAUCGCGACGGUAGCCUGCUCGGAUCCAAAGGAGUUCCCCCUGGCCGCGGCGCGGGCAGUGAACGAGCAUGUCUUCGGCAACCUCGGCUGCAACGUCAUCUACCCGGACAGGCGCGACGAGACUCUGGAUGAGAUGAUUCGGACCCUGAACUACGGCAUUGUGUCAGUGAACCACUGGGUGGCACUCAAUUAUGCCAACCCGCUGGGCGUCUGGGGCGGGGCCCCAGGUUCCUACAAGGCCUCCGCCCCCGCUAGCGGCCUCGGCUUCCUCGGCAACCUCGCGCAGGUCCCGCGCCCGCUGAGGGGCGUGUCGCUCGCAGCCUUCGGUAACAAGGACAUAGUCAUGGACAAGCCCAUGCCGUCCCUCCUCGCUGACAUCCUGCAGGUUGUGAUCGCGAAGAAGCCGCUGGCCGUGCUUCGCAUCGUAGGCAUCCUCGUGCGCCGCCUGUGCAGCCUCCUCUCUGCGGCCCCGCCGCCUCGGCGCCGCUGA